UCAGGUUGGUGGCAGGGUUUGAGUGCUGCGCUCUGUGGUCUUUGCUUAACUUCCUCUCCGGUGGUAACUUCCAGCCGGGCGACAUUUAGCUGUGGGAAGGGCCUAUUUAUUUUCAAGACAUACUUGGCCUAUGGAUCUAUCUCCUACUUCUUACAGUUUCUAGAGAAGUUACUACACUCAUGGCAGGGAUUUUGCGUUCAAUAGUUCAAAGAUCACCAGGCACACUGCAAACUGUGCCAAAAGGUGUGGAAUCUCUCAUCUGUACAGAUUGGAUUCGUCACAAAUUUACCAAGUCAAGAAUUCCAGAUAAAGUAUUUCAGCCUACACCUGAAGAUCAUGAAAAGUAUGGUGGAGACCCACAGAACCCUCACAAACUACAUAUUGUUACCAGAAUAAAAAGCACAAAAAGACGUCCGUAUUGGGAAAAAGACAUAAUAAAGAUGCUUGGAUUGGAAAAAGCACAUACUCCUCAAGUUCAUAAGAAUAUCCCUUCAGUGAAUGCAAAACUGAAAGUGGUUAAACAUUUAAUAAGAAUCCAGCCUCUGAAAUUACCACAAGGACUUCCAACAGAGGAGGAUAUGGAUACCACGUGCCUCAAGAGCACUGGGGAAUUAGUGCUGAAGUGGAACCUAGCCCCUGUGGAACAAAAAAUGAUUAAGUCCUAAUACCAGAACCAUUUGAGAUUAAGAAACACAAAUCAUUUUAUUUAAAGGCAGCAAGAAAGUGUUUUUUAAAUGUAUUUCAGGGGCUGGGGAGAUAAUGCAGAGGCUGCAAGUAAGACUUUAAUGCCUGGGGCUCUAGAUGCCACAGCCUCUGUCCCUGCCAUCACCAUACGCCGCAGCUGAGCAGUGAUCUCUCAGGUGUCUGGAAAUAAAACUUGAAAAUAAAUAGAUAAAAUAUA